AUGUCUAACUGGAAGAUGAACGCUGAUUGGAGGUUCAGCUUUACGACCGACACCUCCAAUAUUGCUUCCGUCCCUCACAAUAUCACAACACACUUUAAGGAUUCAUCGAAGGUCAGCAAACCAAACAGCCGUAAACAAAGUCCAUACCACAACUUGCGAAGAAGAGUAACAACACAUCUACCCUCACGAACUGGGCCUGCUGUCGACCACCAAAUACGAGCUGGAAAUGCUCAGGAUCGGAUCUAUGGUGCUGGCAUACAACCUCGUCCAGUCAGUUGGCAUCCCGAUUUUGCUGGUGGUUUCUCAGCUCAGCAACCCAUAUUCCAGCAUUCUGAACCGCAACAGUGGAACGCGUCAACGAACACUGCUGUGGCCUACGGACUUUUCACGCCCGUUCCUGCCCCGACCAUGGUAGAGUCAUAUCUCGAUUGCCCGAACGUGCCACUCAAUCAGAUGGCUGACCAAAACAUGAAUCUUUUGCAUUACGACCAUCAAUACUUCAAUACAUACCAUGAAUACGAUCAGAAUAUCAACAGCUAUACUCCCUUGUCUAUGUCUGGUGUUGACACGACAAAUCAUCAAUCGCGAGAUAUGACCUGGCCUAUGCUUCCUGCUACUGGCUGCACCAAUUUCCCGACUGCGCCAUCGUCUCCAGCAUAUUUACCAAUACCAGAAUUAGGUCAAUCUUUCGCAGAGACACGAUUUGAAGAAGAGAGCAGCACAGAAGAAUUGGUCGGUCUAGGUCUGUACGACUCGCCAGACCAAGUGCGGUCCGCAAACCUCUUGUUCAAUGGAUCUUCGCCAGUACGGCGAAAGGGCUUGAAACUAGAAGAGUCUUUCGAACCAACACCAGAGGUCGAUGCAGACGAAGAUGAUGUCGAAUAUGAUCUAGCAGCAGGGGAAGAUUUGUUUUCUUUGGCGGACGUGUCUCGGCAGCUUUCCGAGUCCAUGGUCGGGAAUAUGCCUCAGCCGAACACAUCGUCAAUGCAUUAUUACGAUUAUGCUCCAACACAGUUUCUGCAGCACCAAACAGGACACGCAGUAGCGUCUGGUUGGAUAUAG